CAUAUACUGAUAAUACUUUCAAUAAAUAAAUAAGUACAAAACCUAGAAAUUUUCAUUUUGAAAGACCUCACGAGUCACAACACAACCACUCUGCACCAGACAGAGAGAGAGAGAGAGAGAGAGAGAGAGAGGAGCACCAUGAAGAAGGGAACUUUACGCCCCAGCCUCAAGCUCUCUCUCCCUCCCUCCGAUGAAGUUGCUUUCUCCAAAUUUCUGACUGAAUCCGGAACGUUUAUGGAUGGUGAUCUACUCGUGAAUAGGGACGGAGUUCGAAUUGUCUCGCAGAGCCAAGUCGAAACUCCACCGCUUAUACAGCCAUCAGAUAACCAGAUAAGCUUGGCUGACUUUGAUGCAAUUAAAGUCAUCGGAAAGGGAAAUGGUGGAAUUGUGCGAUUAGUGCAACACAAAUGGACUGGUCAAUUUUUUGCUUUAAAGGUUAUUCAAAUGAAUAUUGAAGAGUCUGCUCGAAAGCAGAUUGCCCAGGAACUGAAAAUUAAUCAGUCAUCACAAUGUCCAUAUGUUGUUGUCUGUUAUCAGUCUUUCUAUGAUAAUGGUGCAAUUUCUAUAAUCUUGGAAUACAUGGAUGGUGGAUCACUGGCAGAUUUUUUAAAAAAGGUCAAAAAUAUUCCAGAGUCAUAUCUUUCUGCCAUCUGUUAUCAGGUGCUCAAGGGUUUGUCUUAUCUUCAUCAUGAAAUGCACAUUAUUCACAGGGACUUAAAACCCUCUAAUUUAUUAGUAAACCAUAGAGGGGAAGUCAAGAUUACAGACUUUGGUGUGAGUGCAAUAUUGCAAGGCACUGCUGGACAGGCCAAUACUUUUGUUGGCACAUACAACUAUAUGUCUCCAGAAAGAAUCUGUGGAAGCAAAUAUGGCUCUAGAAGCGACAUUUGGAGCUUGGGGUUAGUUUUGCUCGAGUGUGCCACAGGUCAUUUUCCAUAUUCUCCACCACAGCAAGGUGAAGGAUGGACCAACGUUUAUGAGCUUAUGGAAACCAUUGUUGACCAACCUCCGCCUUGUGCACCUAAUAAUCAAUUUUCACCAGAGUUCUGCUCCUUCAUUUCUGCAUGUCUAAAGAAAGAGCCAAAAGACAGACAGACAGCAAAUGACCUCAUGAUGCAUCCUUUUAUCAAGAUGUUUAAAGGCGUGGAUAUUGAUCUUGCAUCUUACUUCACCAAUGCAGGAUCUCCACUUGCAACAUUUUAGAACUUGUUUGAAACCAGACUCAAAAGAAGAGCAUAAGGCUUUGACAAGACGCAGGAAACCUGUUUGGAAGGCUGAGGAAACACAACUGAAAUAUAGCAAUUCUCAAGUCCAGAAGAGUUGGUGUGUUCUCUUCGUCAUUGCGAUAUUUAAGAAUUUGAACUUUUAUAUGAACUUGUAAUAGCCAAAUUUGAAUCAAAUCAGUAAACCAUAAUAAAGUCAAUAGUACCCACAUUAACUUUCCAAUUUGCGUGUACAAUUUUGUCAUUAGUUGGGUUUGCAGGAUUGUUAGUUCUGUUAUGGGAUUCUAAUUCUUGUUUCUUAUCUCACACCAGUAGUGUUGUAUUUGGUUAGGGAAUUUGGGAAGGAAUUUGGAAAGGAAAAAUGAAAAGGUAGGUGAAAUGUAAAUAACAUAUACUUACAUUUC